AUGGCUGAUAUCCCCGACGAAACCCGUCCUCUGCUGUCGUCUGCUGAUUCUCCAGCUCGUCUCGAUCAACCAGAUCGCUCCAUCGAAUAUGACACCCUCCCUGAAACCGCCACCUACGGGCGAAACCUCUCCUGGUCGAGCGCCUACAUCCUCGUCAUCUCGCGUGUCAUUGGCAGCGGCAUCUUCGCGACACCAGGCGCCAUCGUCAAGUCGGUCGGCAGCCUGGGUCUGGCGCUGACCGUCUGGGUCGUCGGCACGAUCCUGUCCGCCUGUGGCCUGGCCGUGUCGCUGGAAUACGGCUGCAUGCUGCCGCGCUCCGGCGGCGACAAGGUCUACCUCGAGUUCACGUACCGGCGGCCGCGGUUCCUGGCGUCGACGCUGAUCGCCGUGCAGGCGGUGCUGCUGGGCUUUACGGCCAGCAACUGCAUCGUCUUUUCGAAAUACACCUGGUUUGCGCUGCGGGUCCAGCCGAGCGAGGCGCAGAGCAAGAUCCUCGCUGUGGCUCUGCUGACGGUCAUUACGAUCAUUCACGGCUGCUUCAUGAAGACGGGGAUCGCCAUCCAGAAUGCGCUGGGCUGGGUCAAGAUUUUCCUCAUUAUGUUUAUGGCGCUGAGCGGGAUCUAUGUCAUCUUAUCCCAUCGACAAGCAGACACGGUGCCGACGAGUGUAUCUGCAGACUGGCACGACCUGUGGAAAGACUCGGACUGGAGCUGGAACACCAUCUCCACGUCGCUGUUCAAAGUGUUUUAUUCGUACGCUGGGCUGAGCAACAUGAACAACGUGCUGAACGAGGUCAAGGACCCCGUGCGGACGCUCAAGUCGGUCUGUCAGGCGGCGCUCAUCACAUCCUGCUGUUUGUAUCUUCUGGCCAAUGUGUCUUACUUCCUGGUCGUGCCCAUCGAUGAGAUCAAGCAGAGCGGCGAGCUGGUGGCGGCGCUGUUCUUCGAGCGCGCGUUUGGCCCGCACCUGGGACGGACGAUCUUGCCUCUGGCCAUUGCUGUAUCUGCGGCGGGGAAUGUGAUGGUCGUGACGUUUGCGUUGGCCCGCGUUAAUCAAGAGAUCGCCCGCCAAGGCUUCCUCCCGUUUUCCAAGACCAUCUCCUCCUCGAAGCCGUUUAACUCGCCCUUCUGGGGUCUCAUCGUGCACUAUAUCCCGUCAUUCCUGGUCAUUACGCUGCCACCGCAAGGCGGCGUGUACAAUUUCAUCUUAGACGUGGAAGGCUACCCAGGGCAGAUGUUCGCCCUGGCCGUGACGGCAGGACUGCUGCUCCUGCGACGGCAACGGCCGGACCUGAAACGGCCGUUCAGAGCCUGGCUGCCGGCCGUGUGGCUGCGGCUCGUCGUGUGCAUCGCGCUGCUGGCGGCGCCUUUCUUCCCGCCGGCGGAUUGGCGGGGAGAUGUGGAUUUCUUCUACGCGACGUAUGCGAUUGUGGGGGUUGGCAUCAUCCUCUUUGGCGUGCUGUACUGGUACGUCUGGACGGUCUUGCUCCCGCGCUGGGGGGGAUACACGCUGGAGGAAGAGGUGGAGGUGCUGGACGACGGGACGAGCAUUACGAAGCUGGUGCAUUCGUAUAAGGGAUGA